AUGUUAGAGGAAAAUUUUACGUAUGCCAACAGCAUUUAUGUCUUAGCAGCAGAAGUUGACACGGAUGAGUUUUCAAUACUGAAAACAAUGUUUGGUUUGAAAGAAGAUUUAAUACAAAACGUUAAGCAGUGCCAAUCCAAUAUUCCAGACCACCAAACCAAUAUGUACUAUGUUAAAAGAAUUCUUGAAGACAACCUAGAUGGUGAAGAAGAUGUACCUGAUAAAGAUAAACUGGAAGAAGUACUUGAGCGCUCUGGAUUUUCAAAAGAGAAAGCUUCGGAACUAUCACAAUGGCUUCGCAGAAUCGACCUGUUCGAAAAUCAGAGAUUAUUCUAUUGUGUGGAACGGUAUCAAGAUUUCUUGAAUGAUACGUUGCCUACUGAUCCAUAUCCACAUCAACCACAAAAGAUAGAAGAAAAAUUUGAGAAACCGGACAAAUAUAAUACCACAGAACAGCCACGCGAAAAUGACGAAGAAUAUCGUAACAUAGUAUUCGUAAAUGUUCGAAAUGAACACAGUAAAUUUUUUACGACGAAUUUAAGAUUUUCGCACAUCGCCACUCCAUGUGAAGAUGGAUAUUGGUAUCACGGUACAAGUCACAAGGCAGCUCAAUCUAUCUUUGAUAUGGGGAUAGACUUGAGCAAAGGAAAAGAAAAGCAGGAUUUCUCUGAUGGGUAUGGUUUCUACUUGACACCGAAUUUCGAAGAUGCGAAACAUUAUGCUCUGAAGUAUUGUCAUGAUGCUGGAUCAAUUCUGGCUUUCUUUCAAGUUUAAUUUUGGCAAACCCGCUUUGCCACCAAGUAAUAAACCACCUAAAGAUUUAUACCUUACAAAAAGACAGAGACGAAUGGAGAUGUGUUGUGAAGUAUAACCGCACUGGAAAAGCCACCACCCGUCCAAAACGCUAUAACAAGGCUGAUUAUGUGUAUGGUCCGAUGUCCAAUUACACAAGAAAUCCAAGUCAUCCAACUGAACAUAAUGACUUCAAAACCCCUCAAAUGUGCAUCAAGAAGGAAGAGUUGGCAAUUGCAGUCCGCUAUGCGUUAAAGGAAAUAUAUUUUUUUCCAUCUAAAGUUAAGAAAAAGUAAAAAAUAUAAGUGAAGAACUUCCCAGAAUUUGGAUUACCUAUUUAAGUGAUUUUAGUCUUUUCUUAGAGUAUGGACAGUUUUCAGAUCAACUAAAAAAUGCUAGAGUGAUACCAGUUUUUAAAUCAGGAUUUCACUAAUUAUAGACCUAUCUCAGUUUUGCCAUGCUUUUCGCAAAUUCUUGAAAGAAUAAUGUAUAACCGUCUGUACGGCCAUUUAGGGCAAAACAAUAUUUUAUAUAACAAACAAUUCGGUUUUCAAAAAAGUCAUUCAGCGGGCCAUAGAAUUGUUAAGUGAAUUAUUAGAAUCCUUUAAUCACAGGUUGUUUACCCUAGGGGUAUUCAUUGUUCUCACAAAGCCUUUUGAUACUGUAAAUCAUAACAUUCUUUUAUCUAAACUAAAAUCCUACGGUAUUCAAGACAACAAUUUAAAAUUGUUUACAAAUUAUUUGACUAAACGAAAACAAUGCACGGCAUUCGACAAUACAACGACGCCCUUUCAACUAAUAAACGAAAACAAUGCACGGCAUUCGACAAUACAACGACGCCCUUUCAACUAAUAAACGAAAACAAUGCACGGCAUUCGACAAUACAACGACGCGCUUUCAACUAAUAAACGAAAACAAUGCACGGCAUUCGACAAUACAACGACGCCCUUUCAACUAAUAAACGAAAACAAUGCACGGCAUUCGACAAUACAACGACGCCCUUUCAACUAAUAAAGUGUUUGUUCCACAAAGAUCCAUUCUUGGACCUUUACUGUUUUUGAUUUACACAAACGACUUACACAAUUCUUCCAAUAUGUUGAAAUUUAUUCUAUUUGCUGACGAUACUAAUCUUUUUUACUCUCAUACUAACAUUUAAUAUCUUUUUCAAACAGUUAAUCGAAUGGUAAAGCAAAUAAACUCACUCAAUAUAAGUAAAACCAAAUACGUAUUAUUCUAAUUCUGUUACAAAACUGAUAAUACCCACUCUAACUACCUUUGCUAAAAAUAAUAAUGUAUGCAUAAAGGGAUGAGAAACAGUAAGAUUCCUUGGCUCAAUUUUGGAUAACACAUACAUGC